AUGUCUUCGCUUCUCGGUCGCAUCUUCCGUUCCCUCAACACGCAAACCUCCAGAAUGACCACCACCAUGUUCUCUUCCAGCCCCGUCCACGUCCCCGAGGGCGCCGAGCAGGCCACCGUCGCCGCCGGCUGCUUUUGGGGCGUUGAGCACCUCUACCGCAAGCACUUUGCCGACAAGGGUCUCUACGAUGCGCGCGUCGGCUACAUUGGCGGUGACUCGUCCAACCCUUCCUACAAGCAAGUUUGCUCGGGCAACACUGGUCAUGCGGAAGCUACCCUCCUGAUCUACGAUCCGACCCGCCUCUCCUACUCCCAAAUCCUCGAGUUCUUCUACAAGAUGCACGACCCCACGACGCCAAACCAGCAGGGCCCCGAUCGCGGCACGCAAUACCGCAGCGGCAUCUUCUACCACAACGAUGAGCAGAAAAGGCUUGCAGAAGAAAUCACCAAGAAGGCGAACGAGCAGUGGUGGGGUGGCAAGAUCAUCACAGAGAUCCUUCCGGCCAAGGAGUGGUGGGAUGCCGAGCAGUACCACCAGCUGUACUUGGUGAACAACCCCGAUGGCUAUGAGUGCCCAAGCCAUUUUUUGCGCAAGUUCCCUGAGCUCAAGUAG